GAUUAAUAGUGUACCUUGGGAUGAUGUGUGGUGCGUUUGUAUGGGGAGGAUUGGCAGACAGACUAGGGAGGAAGAAAUGUCUCACCAUAUCACUGGCCAUCAAUGCUGCCUUUUCAUUCAUAUCCUCCUUUGUUCAGGGGUAUGGCUUCUUCCUCUUCUGCCGCCUUAUUUCUGGAUUUGGUAUUGGGGGAUCCCUACCUAUUGUGUUUGCAUAUUUCUCCGAAUUCCUGUCACGUGAGAAGAGAGGGGAGCAUUUGAGCUGGCUUUGUAUGUUUUGGAUGAUUGGCGCAGUCUAUGCAUCAAUAAUGGCGUGGAGCAUCAUUCCUCACUAUGGAUGGGGAUUCAGUAUGGGGACACACUACCAUUUCCACAGCUGGAGAGUGUUCGUGGUUAUAUGUGUUUUUCCCUGCAUCGCUUCUAUGAUUGCUUUGAAGUUUAUGCCUGAAAGUCCUCGCUUCUUAUUGGAGACUGGUAAACAUGAUGAAGCUUGGAUGAUUCUAAAGAAGGUUCAUGACACCAAUAUGAGAGCCAAGGGAGAACCGGAAAAAGUUUUUACAGUUUCCCAUAUUAAGACACCGAAACAAGUUGAUGAGUUUAUUGAAAUUCAGAGUUCCACUGGGACAUGGUUUCAGCGCUGGCUGGUCAGGGUCAUGACAGUUGUCAAGCAGGUAUGGGAGAGCAUACUGUUCUGCUUUUCUGGCCAGUACAGGAAAAACACAAUAUUUCUGGCAGUGGUUUGGUUUACUAUGUCCUUAAGCUACUAUGGUCUUACGGUCUGGUUUCCUGAUACAAUUCGGUACAUACAAGAUGAAGAGUAUGCAAGCAGAGUUAAAAGAUUUGAGAAUGAACAUGUCAAGAACUUUGUAUUCAAUUUUACCCUUGAAAACCAAAUACACAUCGAUGGGACCUAUUACAAUGACAAGUUCUAUAAGAUGAAGUUCAAAUAUGUCACCUUUGAGGACUGUGUCUUUGAUGAAUGCUACUUUGAGGAUGUUACUUCAACAGGCACCAUCUUUAAGAACUGUACCAUCAAAUAUUCAUAUUUUCACAAUACAGAUCUUCAUGAGCACAGAUUCAUUGACUGCACACUAAUAAACAGCACAUUCUCUAAUCAUAAAGAAGACUGUGAUAUUGACUUUGAAGAAGACAAUGAUUUUCUGAUUUACCUGGUUAGUUUUCUUGGAAGCUUAUCGGUAUUACCUGGAAAUAUUAUCUCCGCUCUCCUUAUGGACAAAAUUGGAAGAAUAAAAAUGAUAG